AAACCUCGUAUCGGGUAAUUCCGCUAGUUUAGUAUAGUUUUCAGGAUAAACUUUGCUUUAUUUAUCACUAAUUACGCCAUUCCCGUCAGAAUUGAUACUUAUAUUUAUCAAAACGUAAGAUGAAAUGUUGCCUUUAAGCUAAAGUGACUUCGCAUUUCAAGAAGCUCAUCAUGUCAGCAUCUUCUACUUCAGUUUUGCCACUAGUACAAGUUGUGGAUGGUUUGCCAAUGUCAAAAAAUGCCCCCAUCGAAAAUAUACGCUCUGCGCUCAGUUAUAUACCACGAGAUGACGAUGUUUUUAUUGCAACUUAUCCAAAAUGUGGAACAACAUGGGCACAACAGAUGCUGAUUCUUAUCUUCAGACAUGGCAAACCUUUAGAAUCGUUCAUGAGAUUUGGUGCUGUAUCUCCAUUUCUCGAUAUGGCAGGAGUCAAAGCUGUAGAAGAGAUGCCAAGACCUAAUGCUAUCAAGACUCAUCUGCCUUACCAUCUGGCUCCACAUUCAGUCAAAGCCAAAUACAUUUACGUCACUAGAAAUCCUAAAGAUUGCUGUGUUUCUUAUUUUCACCACACCAGAGACAAAGGGAACUAUGAAUUCAAUGGAACAUUUGAUGACUUUUUCGAGCUGUUCUUGUCUGGAAAUGUAGAAUUCGGGGAUUAUUUUGAUCACUUGCUCAGUUGGUACUAUCACAGAAACGAUCCCAACAUGCUUUUCUUAACAUAUGAACAAAUGAAAGAAGAUCCAUCAGCGGCCAUUUUAAAAAUGGCAUCAUUCAUUGACGAUGAUUUGUAUGCAGAACCCCUGAGAAAUGAUCCUGAAAAACUGAGAGACAUAGUAAAGUUCAGUAGCUUCGAUUAUAUGAAAGAGGCUACAGCUAAAGUUAUUGAAGAGAUAAAAUCAAUGACUGAAGAAGACAUCGCGAAAUCCGAAUUGCCGGGACACGUAAAGAAGUUCUUUUCUAGGGUAUCUGAGAAAUCGGAAAAUGGUUUCUCUAAAAAGAAAAAAUUCGAUGGUAACCUACGGAAAGGUAUCACUGGUGACUGGAAAAACUACUUUUCUGAAGACCAGAGCAAACGCAUGGAAGAGAAAUUUGCCGAGAAAACGAAGGGUACCGAUCUCCAGAAUUUAUGGAAAGACUACAUAUAACAGCUCUUAUUAAUAUUAGAAAAAAUGCUAUAGAAAUAAUAAUAAGUAUUAUAGAAGCAUAAAGUAUGAAAAUUUGGAGCAUAUCGAAUCAUUACAUUUCACCUUCAUUAUUUUUAUUGCGAAAGAGAGUGCUGUUGAAUAUUUCGAGAAAUUUUCUCGGGGAAUUUAUUUCCAUUUUUAACAGCUUUAAAUGAGAAAUGUUUCUUCCCUCACACAUUUAUUUUGACUCAUAUAUGUUUUAAAAUGAAUUUUUAAAAAUAUAACUAUUAAAAAUUGCAGAAAUAGUAAACGCUUUCACACUUUGUCCCAAUUCGAUAAGAUUGAAUUUUAUAUAGUUAACUAAAUUUCUUUUAUGGGAAAGUUGACUUCUUAAAAAUAAAAUCUAAAAGCUUUCAGAUUU